GUGCUGGCACCGUUCUGGCUACUUCUCCCGGCACUGACCGUGGACAUCUUCAUUCAUCUGGUACUGCACUCCAGAUACUGACAAUGGAUCAAUCCUAUCUGGUAUCAAGUUACCUAAAGAGUGUGACCAUGUGGCUUUUUAUGCUUUUUUACUUAUCACUUACACUACAAAGAUCGGAAAGUGUAGAUGAUAUAGUAACAGUGAAAGAAGUCACAGCCGGACAUUUGGCUGACCUUCCAUGCUUAAGUAUUGACGACCGUCACCGUUUUAUGUUCUGGCAAUUUGGAAAUAAUGAUAUUAUCGGGCCAGGGAAUCCUUUAAAUGAAAAGAAAUAUAAUUACGAAGUGCUGACCGGCAGACUUAUGAUCAGAGGUGUGUCAACGGCAGAAUCUGGCUUCUACAAAUGUGUUUCAAGAGGCUUAUCGGACGAGUCCAGUUUCAAGAUUCAUUCCAUUGAAUUGGUAGUUAAGAAAGAUUGGGAAGAUGUUUGGGAGACUGAUUUUGAGACAAAUUUAGUACGAGGACUGGCUGCUGUGAUGGUACUGGUUGUUGCCGUAGCUGUUGUUCUUCUAAUUAUUACCAUCAAGAGAAAGAGAAAUCAGAGAUUUUUCGACCUGGAGGAGUCAAGGGAAAAUUCCCCCGCACGGUACAGUCCGAAUAAUACACCAGUUGCAUCAACUGCCGAAGUCGGUGGUGGAAUCGAUAAUUCAGCUCUUGACAUUGAUUUUCCUAGAGUAUUCAAACAAAUGCAGAAGUAACAGGCGAUACCAUAGAAUUGCGAAUAAAAUUACCGUAUAACAUAGGAUUAUUAAAUAGCAGACUCGCUGCAAACGUCCCAUUCUUAGAGAUAUGAAAGGAAAAAUGUUGUUUUAUUACUUUACGAUGUGUCGCUCAGUAUCUUACUAUAAAAAAACAAACAAUAUUUAGUUUAUUAAU